CGCGCUGCUGAGCGCGGCCAUGGCGGGGGGGUGGCCGGGGCUGGGCGCCGCGCUGGGCGCGGGGCUGUCGGCCAGGCUGUGCCUGGUGCUGUACGGCCUGUACCAGGACGCGGUCAUGCGGGUGCGGUACACCGACGUCGACUACCGGGUGUUCACGGACGCGGCGCGGCUGGUGACCCAGGGGCGGUCGCCCUACCGGCGGGCCACCUUCCGCUACACGCCGCUGCUGGCCUGGCUGCUGACGCCCAACGUUCUCCUCGGCGAGCUCUUCGGGAAGCUGCUCUUCGUGGCCGGGGACCUGGCGGCCGCCGGCGUGGCUUACCGGGCCCUGCGGCGCCGAGGGGCCUCCCCCGGGCGGGCCUGCGGGUGCUGCGCCGCCGCCUGGCUGCUCAACCCGCUGCCCGCGGCCGUGUCCAGCCGGGGCAACGCGGAGGCGCUGGUGGCCGUGUGUGUGCUGGCCGCCCUGCACCUGGUGGAAGCGGGGAGCGUAGGGAGGGCCGCGCUGUGCUACGGGCUGGCCGUGCACCUGAAGAUCUACCCGCUGACCUACGCGCUGCCCAUAGCGCUGCACCUGCAGGGCGGCGGGGAAGGGGCGGCGGGGAAGGGGCGGCACGGAACGGCCGAGUUUACGCUGGUAGGGGGCGUCUGGAGGCUGGUUGUGCGGGCGCUGAACCGCAACGCGCUGCUUUUCGGAGCGAUCGCUGGAUCUGCCCUGGCCGCCUUGACCGUCCUGUUUUACCGCCUGUACGGCUGGGAGUUUUUAGAGCAGGCCUACCUCUACCACCUGACCAGGAGGGAUAUCCGACACAACUUCUCUCCCUAUUUCUACAUGUUGUAUUUAACUGCGGAGAGCAAAUGGAGUUUUGCCCUUGGGCUCGCAGCUUUCCUGCCGCAGCUGCUUCUGCUCCUGGUUGUGUCCGUAGCGUUUUACAAAGACCUUGUUUUUUGUUGUUUCCUACACACCGCUAUUUUUGUGAGUUUUAACAAAGUGUGCACGUCCCAGUACUUUAUCUGGUACCUCUGCCUUUUGCCUAUCAUAAUACCUAAUAUUAAAAUGUCCUGGCGUCGUGGUGUGCUGCUGCUCUUUCUGUGGCUUGUUGGGCAAGGCCUGUGGCUUGCUCCUGCCUACUUUCUAGAGUUCAAAGGUUAUAACACUUUUUUAUUUAUAUGGCUGGCUGGCUUGCUUUUCCUUUUUAUCAAUAGCUUCAUACUUGUACAGAUUAUUUCACAUUAUCAACGGGAAACACAAGUUGCCAAAAAAGUCAAAGAGCAGUAAUAAGUAGAUCAAAAUUCAGAAACAGUGAUGUUGUCUUUAGCAAGGCUUUUCAUACCAGCAGCACUUUGAUUAACAUAAAUGUGUACAUUAUAGAAUGGAUGGUGUAUGUAAGCAAUGCUUCAUUAGGGCUCCGAGGGCAUUCAUCGGUCUUAACUGCAACAAGCAGCCACUGGCCUACCCUGAUCUCUGUCUGCAAGGGAACCCACCUGCCAUGUGGACUAAAACUGCAUUGUAGCCUUGACCUGGCGGACUGCUGAUGAUGAUGACUGAAUUCACUGGAAGGACCUUAGACCUGGUUCAUCACUUGUCACAUCUGGGGCUGCACAGGUGGACUCCGUUACCACACUCAUCUCUGCCUGCUGUUGUCAGAUGUGGUGGGGCUGUGCCCUGGCCACUGAGAGAAUGCCCUGUGCUGGGGGCUUCUUUCUGGCUCAUGCCUUCCUACAGAGCAGCCCCAGUCAUGCUCCCCAACACCCUUUUUCUCCUUGUUACUGUACUCUGUCCUUGUUAAGGACUGCGGCUUCUGUCUAGGAAAACACAGAAGAUCAUAGUCAUUAUAAUAUAAUGGAAUAUUGUGAGUUUGAUGGUCUUAUACAUUCCAGUAACUGGGUGAGGGAUUUUGCAAGGAUUAUGCUAACAAAUAAAUACAAUAUAUAUAUAUAUG